CAGCAGGAGGGGACAGACUGAUCAAGCCAGUGAAAGACGAGGGAGUAGCUGAGAGGGGGCAGCAGUGAGCUAUGAUAUUCCCUAAGAAAGGGGAGAGGCAGGACAAGAACAUUCCUCCCUCUCUCCUCCCCCUCCCGAACUAUUCACCAUUUUACACUCCUCAAUACAGCGCUACGGGCUCUUUUUAGGGAUCUCAGAAAAAAAACGCGAAGCGGGAUUGCGCGAUUGUGUCCGAGCUUUUAGCCAUUUAGCCGGCGCAACCCAGAGCGAUCUGGCCGAGGAGGAGGAGGAGAAAGGAAGUGUGUGCGCGAGGAGGAGGGGAGCGAUCUGUAUACACGGGUUCAUAGGCGCUGCUGGGAGAGCAGACGAAUUCCUCGCAAGCAGAUCGCAUGGUGGAAGAGCGACCAGUAGAGCAGGAAGGGACUCGGCGGGGCAGGAGGAGACUUCUAUGAAGGGCAGGGGGAGUUGCACAAGGAGACAGAGCUGAGGGGACAAGUGAGAAAGACAUAAAAACAGGAGGCGAGCGAUUAGUCGCUGCUGCUCAGAUGGAUGAACAAGGCAGGCUGAUGCAGGCCAGGGGGGUGGGGAUUCCAGGACUCCCCAUCCAUGGGGGACCCCAAACUCUCACUCCUCAUUCUAUGCACGACCCCCCAGCGGACAAUGGGGAGCCCCGGAAACAGGAUAUCGGCGACAUAUUGCAACAGAUCAUGACUAUCACUGACCAGAGCCUUGACGAAGCCCAGGCAAAGAAACAUGCUUUAAACUGCCACAGGAUGAAACCUGCACUUUUCAGUGUUCUUUGUGAAAUUAAAGAGAAAACAGGAUUGAGUAUUCGUAACACCCAAGAGGAAGAGCCUGUCGACCCUCAGCUCAUGCGCUUAGACAAUAUGCUACUAGCAGAAGGGGUAGCAGGACCAGAGAAAGGUGGUGGUUCUGCGGCAGCCGCAGCAGCAGCAGCGGCUUCAGGUGGAGUCUCUCCUGAUAAUUCCAUUGAACACUCGGAUUACAGAAACAAACUGUCCCAAAUUCGACAGAUUUAUCAUUCUGAACUGGAGAAGUAUGAGCAGGCCUGUAAUGAGUUCACAACCCAUGUAAUGAACCUGCUGAGAGAACAGAGUCGAACCAGACCUAUAUCACCAAAGGAGAUUGAGCGAAUGGUUGGGAUCAUCCACCGAAAAUUUAGCUCCAUUCAGAUGCAGCUCAAGCAGAGCACCUGUGAGGCUGUCAUGAUCCUACGCUCCAGAUUUCUGGAUGCACGGAGAAAGAGAAGAAAUUUCAGUAAACAAGCUACUGAAGUCUUGAAUGAAUAUUUCUACUCACAUCUGAGUAACCCAUACCCUAGUGAAGAGGCAAAGGAGGAGCUGGCAAAGAAGUGUGGCAUAACCGUGUCACAGGUUUCAAACUGGUUUGGAAACAAGAGAAUUCGGUACAAGAAGAACAUUGGAAAGUUCCAAGAAGAGGCAAAUAUCUAUGCUGUGAAGACAGCCGUUAGUGCGUCACAGGGAGGACACAGUGGGGCCAACUCCCCAACAACCCCUACCUCAGCAGGUUCUGGUGGUUCAUUCAACCUCUCUGGAUCUAAUGAUAUGUUCAUGGCGAUGCAGGGCUUAAAUGGGGAUUCUUAUCCCCCUUCACAGGUGGAGUCCUUGCGCCACACGAUGGGCCCUGGCUACAGUGAUAGUUUGUCAGCAAAUCAGAUGUACAGCCCGCGGGAGAUCCGGGCAAAUGGAGGGUGGCAAGAAGCUGUCACCCCUUCGUCUGUCACCUCCCCCACAGAAGGACCUGGCAGUGUGCACUCUGACACCUCGAACUGAGCUCUCUCCUCUCUGUGCUCCACCUCUCUACCAAACCAGGCUCUUUACAUGGACUAAACCCCUUCCUCAACUAACUCCCAUAAUCUGGAACUAUUACAGAGAUGGAUUGUGGAAGCCCAACCUGUCCUUCCCCCUCACUGCCUCCAAUUGCUCCUUUUAAAAAGCCCUUGGUUCUUCCAUCUUUUGGAAUGGCUGACUAAUGGACGAUAAAGGUCUGCUUUUUUUGUUUUUGUAAGGGGUUGAGGGCAUAACACCCUAUCCCUGUUUUAAGGGCAGAGACUAUUGCCCAAAUACUCCUAACCAAAGGAUAUGAAUUGACCACCAUCAAGAAAAAAUCCAAAUGACAUUUUUUUUUUUAAUGUUCAAGAUGGAUGCCUAAAGUGGUAUUUUCUGUAUGGAAGGAAGAAGAUAAUCAUUCUGCCCACUAGAAAAAGAAAGUGGCUUACCCAUGAGCGAUUACCCUUUAGCACAAUAAGAAUCAUAUGUGAUGAUAUGGAUAUGCUUGAAGGAGGAAAAAUAUAAAAUACCGAAUUAACAGGGAAUAAUAAACCUUAUUUCACAUUAGGGGGUGGCUUUGAAAACACUCUUUCUGUUUGUAGAACAAGGGAGGAAGACAGGAGAGUGUUUUGAGAGGUGUGAAGAGGACACAUUUUGAAAGAAGGAGCAAGCUAGGCAAGAGAGAAUGGUUAAAGAAAAUGGGGAUCCAGGUAAAAUGAGGAGAGAAAAGGAAAGAAUGUAAAAGCCAAAAUGAAGAGCAACAAAUAAGAGGGACUGUAAAAAUCAAUGAAAGACUAAACCUCUUCACUCUUGCCCUCCAGAGUCCAUCCAAAAUCCUUUGAGGCUCAGCCAAUCAAAGAACAGCGUUAUUACCUCAUAGCGGCUCACAUAACCAAUAGAGAAGACUCUCUUUUCUUUUUCUUUUUUCCUUUCUUUUACGGAGUUUUCUUUUUGUUCACGCGUUCGCAAGUUUGACUACCUCCGAAGGGAAAAUAAAAUAUAUAUAAAUAUAUAUAAAAAACUCUCACUCCUGCACGGGGGGCGCAGUAAAGUGUGUAGGGAAUUUUUCUCUAUCUUGAUUUGCUUCCCCCUUCACUCCCCUUUUUUCUUUUGGGAAGUUGGGUUAUGAAUAGGGUUGGUUUUUAGAGUUUUGUGUUUAGGGAAGUCUUCUAAGGGGGCAUUUUUAUUCUUAUUUUAUGUUUGGUGUGUUUUUUUUUGGAGAGGAAGUUACAGAAAUGAAGUAGCAAGGCUGUUUGUGUGUGUAACGCUCCGUGUCUGACCAAAUCACAUCCAGCAUUUGGUGCAUCCCUUACAUUUUAUAGAUUUAUAUAAUGAAAUAUUAUUUGUAAGUGCAUAGAGAUUUGCAACAUACACCAUGCUUAUUUAGGUACAUAUAUAUGUAUAUAUACUGUAUAAUGCGUGUCCAUUUAUACAAACCUAAACAAAUAAAUGCUUUGGUGUUUGUAUCUUUAUGCAGGGGCAGUAACAUGUGCUGACGUUUAAUUGUAUUAAAGUGGACCCGUCACCCAGACAUAAAAAUCUGUAUAAUAA